UUUCCCCUCCCGGAAGUUACCUAGAUAUUCGUGGUGUUGGUUCGAGUCCCGCAAACUGCAGUACAUGCAACUUUUGUUGCACAAUGGAGACUUCAACACCAACAGUUAGAACCCGUACUAGAAGAAGCAAGGGAACACCAAAAGCCAUUCCAAUUUCUCCAAUCCCUAAAAUAGCUUCUCAGCUUGAAAGAGAUUCAAUUGAGGCAACUCCUGUUAAGGACAUAUCAGAUGUAAUUGAUAAUGACAAGGUUACACCAUGCAGCAAGUCGUACUCCAAGAGAGAGCGAAAGCCAAGGCAAUGGAAGAAUUUGGAAGUUCAGGAGAGUGAUAAAAAAGGACAGUUAGGAAAUGGUCAAAAGAAAGAUGCAGGAAGUGAAAUUCAAGAUGUAGAAGAUGAAAGAAGAGUUGAAGAAAAAGAUGAAAACAAUGAACAUGGGCAAGAUAAAAGUGAUAAAAUAGAACAAGGGUCUGAAACAGAACCAGCUUUAACGGAAGCAAAGAGUGUUGCUAAGAAAAAGUCUAGUGGUAGAAAGAAAUCAGGAGUGACUAAGACUAAUGAAGAGGUUGGUAAUGCAAAUGUAAUUAAUAAUAGUUUUCAAGAUCAAGAAAAGGUAGAAGCUGAAUUAGUUGAAGUAAAAGUAAGUCCAACUGGAAAGAAACGAGGGAGAAAAAGAAAGUCUUUGAAUGGAGACAAAAGUAUAGAGGGUGAAAAUGAUGCUAGCAUAACAGAAAACACCACUCCCUCAGUUCAUAAUGUAAGUGAAAGUAAAAGAGGAAGAAAAAGGAAAGUAGUGAAUUAUGCAGUAGUAAACUCUGCAGGUGUAGAUGAAGUAAGGGACGCAAAUAGUGAAGCAUCUAAGACUGAUGCUGUUGACACUGGAAUGAAGAGGAGAGGCAGAAAGAGAAAAGCUGAACAUCAGAAUGAUGGAGAUUCUAGUCAAAACUUUGGAGAUGAGUCACUGAAGGACACAAGUCUUAAUAGUACACUAGGUGACAAGGCAAAUACCAGCUCUAGAGGGAGAAAAAGAAAGGCAGCAAUGAAUGAUUCAUCAGUUACUAACAAAGAGGAUAAAGUCAAAACUAAUGCAUCUGCAGUUGGUGAAGGUUUGGACAAUACCAAAACUCUUGAUGGUGCUGAAGAUGGUGAUCAAUCAGCAAAGAAAACUUCGGGGACUGGAAAGAAAAAAACCAAGGCCGAGCAGACGCAGGCUGCCCCGUACCAGUGUAGACAUUGUGAAUAUGAAGGGAUAAAGUCCGCCAUGGAGUCUCACUCUGCCAGAGUCCACCAUCUUUGGUGGACCAUUGCUAACAUGGAUGGCAGUUCAGAAACCCAUGGUGAACUGAUGAACAUUUUAAAGCACCGCAAAGUCCUGGAAUGUAAAGACUGCGGGAAAACCACAAGAUUCCCACACUACUAUAAGCAGCAUCGCAUAUGGUGUGGUAGGGAGCACUUGACGUACACAUGCGAACACUGCAACAAAGACGAUCUUAAGCUGAUGUGGAAGCAAGUUCAUAUUAAUACCUGCCCGGCCUUGAGAGAAAUCCAGGAAAUUGAUGCCCCUGUAGAAGAUAAGAGUAAGCUUGAUGAAGAUGUCAAUAAAGAGGUCACUCCAGGGGGUCGGAAGAAGAGGAAAGCAGCUAAAAAAGCAGAGAAAAUGGUUGCCGACAUUUCCAAAGAUAUGCAACCCAGUAGAGACAGCGAUGUUUCUGAUGUUGAUGAUCCAGAGGUUAAGCUGGAAGAUGCAGAUGAAAGUGAUGAUGAUGCUGAAGAGUUUGAAGUGGAUGAAGAUGUUAGCAAUGAUGAAGAUGACGCUGGUGAGGAUGAUGAGGAAGAUGAAGGGGGUGGUAACAAAAUCGUGUAUGCACAUGGAAAAGGCUACAGUUUGACUGUGAACCUGGACUGUUUCAAGCUUCGCUUUUAUGCUCCAACCCUGGAGAAUAUGAAGAAAUUCAACAAAAAGGACCUCUUCCCUCAAUUUCUACCUCACAAGACCCUCUUUCAGCCCUUAUCUGAGAGUGAAAGCGUGCCCUUCCGGCCUAUAUGUCAAACCAGUGUUAGUUUUACAGUAGGGAAACAAGCUGAACACACACAACUGGAAACUGGAACUGGCAGCAUUAUUGAAGGUUUUCCGAUCUUCUACACAGGCUUAGAAGUAUGGAAACUGGCCUGGUGUCCAAUGCCACUCGGCUCCAAGCAUGAACAGAUACUUGCUGUAGUGGGGAAGACAAACCCGAAGACCAGAUUUUGUGGGGAAAAGACGUACUCAGGCCCUGGUGUCAUACAGAUAUGGUGCACAGGGGUCACAUGUAAUUCGAGACUAAGUCGCACAGCCCCUAGACAACUUUACACCCUGGUUCAUGACUUUGGCCUGGCCACAGGACUAAAGUGGUGUCCCACAGGGGUAUGGCAGUCCAAAUGUCACAGUGACGAAACUUACAGGAGGAUAGGACUUAUAGCUGUUUCUAUGACAGAUGGAACUGUCAGAAUAUUUAGCAUUCCAGAUAUACAAGCUGAUCAAGAAACUCCACUCACAUUAAAGGUGAAGCCAUUAUUAACCUUAGUACCCAACAGAACACCAGUAAACUGUGGCUUGGUUUGUACAGCUCUGGAUUGGGACCCUAGUCAAGGUCACCCUAGAAUACUAGCCGGCUACACUGAUGGAAGUGUAAGAAUCUUCAAUCUCAUUGAGUGCUCUCCCUUGCUGAAACUCUCAAGUGAGGAGGGAGAAAAGCUACUUCCUGUUGCCACACAUCAGAUUCACGCAUUUCCUGUCAGAACUGUCACCUGGAUAGCGUCUUUAACAAACAUUGUUGUGACCAGUUCAGAGGGCCUGGAUUCCCACUUCUGGGAUGUGGAAAACCCCCAAGUCCCGCUGUACACAGAAGAGUAUUGCUGUGCCAUGUCAUCUUGUUCUUCACGACUUGUGCAGGGUGUUUUCCUGGCCUCAGAUGACAAUUAUGCAUUGAAUACAAACAAGGCUCGCUACCGGGAAUGCCACACCCUGAUGUAUAUAGGCGCCCCAGGGCAGGCGAAGAAAAGAGUACCCGACAUUUUGUGCUACUACCUUGGUAAUCUGUACUGCUGUAUCUGGGAUAUCACCUUCUCUGACUGGCUGUGUAUGAGUGCCCAGUGUGAUAAUAAAGGGCGGAUAACUGCCACACCUAUGAGAGAUGUGCAGUAUACAUCUCCAGACACAAAGACAUACAAGUUCAGAAUGAAAGUAUGUGAAACUAAUGUGACAUUUCUUGACUCAAAGGAGGACUUGAAUCAAACUCAUAUAUGUGCUAAAUGUCAAAAGAACCAAUCUACUAAAAGCUUACAAUCAGAUAGUCAACCAAAGAUCAGCCAGUCACAGAAGACUUUGGAAAAUGGCCAAACAAAGGAAUGCAGCCAAUCAGAAGAGAGCUUACAAAAUAAUCGUGAAAAAACUAUUCAACCAGAUAAAACAGAUAAAUGCACAUGUUCAGAACAAAAAAAAUCCAAACCUUGUCUGAAUUAUAUGGAGUACGUAGAUAUGUAUCAUCGUCUUGAUCAAGUAAGAGAUGAUGUAGCUGAGGCGGAGAAAUAUGACCAACCACCAACCUAUGCUUUUAAAGCUGUCCAGUUCAAUCCAAACCAGCUGCAGUGUUGUUGGUUGGCCUAUGGUGGGACACAGGGCAUUGUUCGCCUCGUGAACUUGUUUAACAUAUUCCCCGAGAAGUCAAAGUCCAUGUUCACCAAGUAUGAAACUGGUUGAUGUCAUUGAUGUGUUACUCUUUGGCUAUGGUGUGACUCAAAGCAAUGCUUACCUCGUGAACUUGUUAAACACGUUCCUGUUGAAGUCAAAGGCCAAAUUCACCGAGUUUGAAAUUGGUUGAUGGUAUUUAUGUGUUACUGUUUCGCUUAAAGUUGAGCUCAAGGAAUUGUAAGCCUCAGGAGUUUGUUUAAGGAAAGACAAUUCUGGAACCGUCGAAGGUCAAAUCACUGUUGGAAAUAGGAUGGAACCAGUAACGUGUUGGUACUGGUGAAUCUAUGAUGAUGAGUGUAUUUAUGUUAAGCAGUUAAAGGCCAAAUUGACACAUUUUGAAAAGGGAUGAUAUUAUUGCUUAAAAGUUGAUCUGGGGGCAUUGCAUCACGAGGAAUAUGGUUUCAUGAAUUUGUGGAUGCAUUGAAGGCCUUACUGACACUGUAUGCAAAGGGGUGAUAUUAUUGUUUUUGUGCUACUCGUUUGCUCAGGGCAUUGUAUGACUAGAAAAACCUAAAUGUGGUUGAAUUUACCAAUGAAUAUGUUACAAGAUCAGUCAAAACACAGGUAGAAAUGGGAUGGUUUUAUUGUGUUACAGUUUGGCUCCAGGUUUACCAUAGGGCAUUGUUUUGUGUGAAUAACAACAACACAUAGGUCUGGAGCAGCCAAACUGACAUUAUGAACCAGGAUGAUUUACAUACUUGUGUUAUUCGCUGCCUUAGAGGUGGGUUCAGGGCAUGGUACUUAUAGAAAAAAAAACACAACAGCUGAAUGUAUUUCAUGAAGUGUCGAAUGCCAAACUGACACAGUAUUAAAGGGACAAAAUAUAGGUUACACUUGAUCGGUGCAAAAUUAUUUAUUUUUGUUUAAUGCAUUAUUAUGUGUAACCCAUUGACAUGAAUUAUCAAAUCAAAGUAUAUAUGUGAUUUAUGUACAGAUAAGCAAUAAAAUUGACACUUUUGAAUGAUGCACUCUUACUCCCAGAUAAGAUUUACCACAUUAAAUAAUAUUGUUUUGAAAUUCCCAAAAAGGAUGAAUACAUGUUGAAAACAAUUGUUCUUAUGAAGGAUACCAUGUUUAAUUUGAAAGAAAUGAGCAUUUUUAUGAAGGAUACCGUGUUUAAUUUAAAAGAAAUGAGCAUAAAAUACGGUAUUUCUACCUUAUGAGACUAUAGUAGAUCACAGUAAAUCUUUUAGCAUUCACCAAUCAUUUAAUAUUUUUGGGCUUUCUACUAUUAAAUACAAGGUUACAAUCUUGUUAUCAGUAAUUAAUAUUUUCCAUAAAUGCAUUAUUUAGUAAGUUAAGUUCAAGGUUUAUCAGUCAAAAUUGAUGUUUGUUUUACAUGUGUAUGUAUUGAUUUAGAAUAAGAGUGUCACUUUAAGGUGGGGAAUUCGUGGCCUCGUAUCUAUAAAUUAAAAAUCGCAUUUAUGAAGGCUAAUACUUCUUUAGCUGUACACAUAUCAUAUGCUUUUUGUUUUGUCUUUUGCGCCUUUAUUUAAGAUGAUGGCACUAAUGGCUUUUAAUUCAUUUUCAUGCAUCCAUUUGUGCUAACUGAAGACAGAUUGCAUGUUUUAAAUUGUUGUUAUAACUAAAGUUCUCUAUUUUGGCAUGGAGGAGACUGAUUUUAAGAAUGGUGACUAACUAAAUUCUCUUGUGCUUCUUCGUGGCUAGCUCAAUUUUAUUUUGUCCAAUGGGAUGGCAGUUUUUUUUCAAAUCUAUAUUACAAUCAAUUUCUUAUAUCAGGGGUCAGCUGUGAUUGAUUUUAAUCAGGGGAAUCGGGAGAUUUAAACCAGAGGCUUGGCAAUUUAACAAAAUAUAAUCUCAAACACUAUCCUGGUUUUAGGGUUAAGUAUGCAGUGACCAAAUUAUGAGACUUCUUGAAUUAACCCAUUUAUUUUGAUACAGUUAACCUAUAACCAUUACUUAAAAAUGUUAAGGUUUAUGUGAUACUGUCACACUGAGAACGUCAAAGUUUGUAAAAUUAAAAAAAAACAAGCACACAUUGUCUUUAUCAGAACUUUGUUAUGAAGUGGUUUACAUUUGUAUACAGUAGCCAGUACAGGUCACAUGAUUCUGUUUUGUGUCUGAAGGUAAUGUAAAAAGAUUGUUAGUUUGUACUUUUUUUAAAAAGACGUUGUUUUUUUGUGAAGAAUAACUUUCUAUUUUGUCUAUUUUUAGCUCGACUAUUCGAAGAAUAAGGAGAGCUAUACUACUUGCCCAAGCGUCGGCGUCUGCUUCAGCGUCACACCUUGGUUAAGGUUUUGCAUGUAAGUACACCAAAGUCCAACCUACUUAAUUAACCAAGUUAGAUAACUCUAAUUUGCAUUUAAUGGAAAUAAUUGCCCUUUAUUAUUUGACUUUGAAAUUCUGGUUAAGGUUUUGCAUGUAAGCACACAUAGGUUAAUAUCUCAGCAACUGCUUGAUGUAUUGCAUUGAGACUUUAUACAAUGGUACUCAACCAACCAACCUACUCAAUUAACCAAGUUAUACAAUGGUACUCGACCACCCAACCUACUUGAAUAACCAAGUUAUACAAUGGUACUCGACCACCCAACCUACUUGAAUAACCAAGUUAUACAAUGGUACUCGACCACCCAACCUACUUGAAUAACCAAGUUAUACAAUGGUACUCGACCACCCAACCUACUUGAAUAACCAAGUUAUACAAUGGUACUCGACCACCCAACCUACUUGAAUAACCAAGUUAUACAAUGGUACUCGACCACCCAACCUACUUGAAUAACCAAGUUAUACAAUGGUACUCGACCACCCAACCUACUUGAAUAACCAAGUUAUACAAUGGUACUCGACCACCCAACCUACUUGAAUAACCAAGUUAUACAAUGGUACUCGACCACCCAACCUACUUGAAUAACCAAGUUAUACAAUGGUACUCAACCACCCAACCUACUUGAAUAACCAAGUUAUACAAUGGUACUCAACCACCCAACCUACUUGAAUAACCAAGUUAGAUAACUGUAUUUUGCAAAUAAUGGCCCUUUAUUAUUGGUCAUAGAAAUUCUGGUUAAAAUUUUGCAUGUAACAACAUUUAUGUUAAUAUCUCGGCAAAUACAUCAUGUAUUGCAUUGAAAUCUAAUCUAUUUUUACAGUGAUCCAUGUUUAGCCAAAACUUUUCAAUCCUUACACUGAAAAGCGGCGGAAUAGUUGAACCCGCUGUCUCUGUGACAGCUCGUGUUAAGUACAUGCUAACCAAUCUUUUGUUUUGUGAUCUACAUAAUAUUUUGUAUUAUAAACUACUUACAAACUAGGCCAGCCACUGUUUAUAUCUACCGCUUCAACUGAUUAAAAUCAAUUGACUGCCGAUUUACUGAAAUAAAUGUAAUGGAAAACUUGAGAAAUACUGCAUUCUCAUUAGACAAAAUAUUCACUUGUGUUGUUUUGUUAAAGAUCUCUCAAGGUCUAUGAAGAUUGAAUUGAUACUUUACAAACUCUUUUGACAGAAACUAUUAGUUGUUUACGACCAUGUGUGUUGCAAUGAGCGUGCAUGUUUACAAGAUGUCUGCUUUAACUAGCAUUGUACAUUGUGUUGGAAGUGCAAUAAUGUUUUAACCUCUCAUUAUGGGUAACAUUUUCAUCAAUUUUAUAUAAUUUAUUAUGAAUAAACAAUACAACAGAAAU